ACGCAACAAAUACUCCACCAUCUCUCCGCAUAUCUCCGUCUCGUCUCGUCUCGUCUCUCUCUCAUGGACUCUCUGGUAGCGAGCUACGCUUCGUCGGACGAAGAAGAAGAACCCCAACCACCUACCCAGUCUCUCACCGUAAAAUCAUCCUCCUCCUUGUUCUCAGCUAUUCCUCAACCUAACCAAUCCAGAUCCUCCAAAGACGAGCCUUUUAAUUCAUCUACUCUAGGAAAGUCUUCUUCUUCGUCUUUCCUCUCCUCUCUCCCUCCUCCCAAAUCCCGCCAACAAAACCCAUCUCCCUCCUUACCCAAACGCGUCGUUCAGAUCAAGCUUCCCGUAAACCCUAAUCUCGAUGACGACGAAGACGACGAAGAGGAAGAGGAGAAAGCGAGGAAGAAGCGCAGACAGAUGGAAGCCGCUGCUGCGGCAUCGAACAAUUCGUCGGUGAAAUCGUUCUUAUCCGCCAUGCCUGCUCCAAAGAGCUCUCAAGCACUCGGGGCUCUUCCUUCGUUAGGAUCAGGAUCAGGAACGGGCCGAAGAUCGAUUCUUGAAACGGAGACGCCUGCGAUUACUCAAAGUACUGAUCAAACGCAGUCGUUUAGUAGUAGCGAGACGGAACAAGUAGAUAACUAUUAUGCUGGUUACGGUGGAUACGAGCAAAACCCUAGUGCAAAUGUAGAGGCUUUUGGUUAUGUUGGAUAUGAACAGAACCCUAGUGGAAGUGGAGAUGUGUCUGGUUAUGUGGGGUACGAUAGUUACGGAGGUGGUGGUAAUGCUUGGAACGGUGGUGGUGGGUUUGAGGGGACGAGGGGAGUGCCUGAGGCGUUUAUAGCGAUGGAUAGUGGGGCGAGGAGAGGGAGGAGAGGGAGGAAUGAUUUUCCGACGGAGAUAGUUGAGGUUAAGCAGGAUGAGCUCAUGAAGAAUAGGCCGAGAGUUGAUCAGGUUAAAUCUACUGGGAUUGCCUUUGGACCUUCGUAUCAGCCUGAGUCGUCUUCAUCCAAGGGGAAAGUGUCAAAGCUGCACAAGAGAAAGCAUCAGAUCACUGCGUUAUUCAUGGACAUGAAGCACAAGGAGUCGGAGCUAGCAGAGAGACGUUCUAAAGGACUGCUCACUAAAGCUGAGACACAAGCUAAAUAUGGAUGGUGAUUUGCUCUUUUUUUCUCUCAAUCUUGUGAGAUUGGCAACAGAUUUUCUGUAACUCUUUUUUUUUUCCUUUACCAUCUUCCAAGGUCCAAGCUUUGAAUGUGAUACUCAUUUACUUAUAUGAAUGAAUCUAUACUAAGGAAAAAAAAAGAAUCUAUACUCA